GAAGAAAUAAUAAUUGAAUUCGGUUUUGGUUUGGAUCCCAAAUGGGAACCCAAGUGGAAGAGAGAUUCUCCGAUUUCUUCGAGAGCUGGGUGUCGGAACUGGAAGACUUGGUAAAGCACCUCCUCUACGCCUCCACAGGCGGCGGCGGCGGCAGCGGCAGCGGUGGCAUGAUGGAAGUACAACAAGAGCCCCACCUCCGCAGCCUGGUCUCAAAGCUCACCGCCCAUAUCAAGCUUUACUACACCGUCAAAUGGGCCCACGCCCACCAGGACGUCCUCGCUUUCUUUUCCCCUUCUUGGGUCACCCCCUUGGAGGCCGCCUAUAGCUGGGUCACUGGAUGGAAGCCCUCGAUGGCCUUCCGCCUCAUCCUCCCCUCCGCACUCUCCCCGGAUCAGCUCCUUAAGCUGGAGCAGCUCCGCGUGAAGAUCAAAGCCCAGGAGGACAGGGUGGACAGAGACAUGGAGAGGCAGCAGAUGGCGCUUGCGGAUCACCACAUGGUUCAGCUCUCUAGGCUGGAGACCCGACGCAGGAAUGGGGAUCCGAUGCCAGCAGUGGUGGGGAAGGUGGAGGGCUUAGUCGAUGCGGCCAUCAAGGGCAUGCUGCUUGGCCUCGAAAGGACCAUGAAGGCUGCAGACUGCGUAAGGCUGAAGACCAUGAAGGGCAUUUUGGAGGUGCUUACGCCAUUGCAAUGCGUUCGUUUCUUGGCCUCCAUUUCUCUCAUCCAGAUUCGCCUCAGGCAAUGGGGGCAACCCAAACGUCUCCCAAAAAUACCACCAACAAAACAAUAACCAUAAUUAUAAUAAUAAUGAUCUUUCCUUAAUUUCAUUCA